GGGGCGGGCGGGUGCGGGUGCGCGCGCAUGGUGGCCGCGUGGGGUCCUGAGCAGCGCGCGGCGCGUUGAGUGAGACGGACGGCCGGAGGGAGGGAGCAAUGGAGGAGCAGAGGCGGCGCCGGCGGUGGCCGCGGACAUCGGCCCAGUGACCGAUCCACCCACUCACUCAGCUCAACUCAGCGGCGGCGCUCGGCUGCCCGGCAACAUGAUGCCCGGGGAAUCGCGCUCGCAGGCGGUCGACACCGGGCCCGGCUCCGGGGACUCGGGUUCCGGCUCGGGCCCCGGACCCUGUGGGAACUGCCAGAGCUUGCAGCAGAAUUUAAAUGAAUACGUAACUGCAUUUAUUGCACUUAAACAAAAAAUUAUUGAUACAGACCGUGUUCUCACAGAAUAUCAGAAAAAAUGUGAUGAGCUCCAGAAAACUGAACGAGAUCGGAAAACACUCCGAGAUCAACUGGAUGAGUCAUUACAAAGAAGUGUACCUCUGGAAAAAUGCAGGGAAGAAAUGGAUGCAAUGCGGGUAGAACUGGAAGAAAAGAGGAGUUCCAUCAAGAUGUAUCAGCAGACACAUUUAGAAUUCAGUAAAUUGGAACAAGAGCAGAUAAAAAAUGAUGCGUUGAAGAAGAAAUUGGAAACGCAGAUUAAAAAACUGGAAGAAACAACGACUAAACAAAAGGGAGAAAUAAAGCAGUUGAAAAAAGAGAAGACAACGUUGGAAAGAAAUUUAAAGAAAACUCAGGAAAAACUGCUAGUUCGACAGAAGAAUGGUGUAAAAGUUUUGAAAGAUGCAGAUUCAGAGAAUUCCAGGCAGGAAGUACCAAGAGUAGACAAAAAUAAAGUGAAAUUGUUACUUGAUGAAAUAUGGAUGUGCAUUGAAAGGUCCAGUGUACAAGAGAAGCCAAGCAUGGAAGCCAUGUACAGCCCAGAUACAAAACCAAAAUCAUGGAAGAAAUGCAAGAUUCUUAACAGAAAUGGAAUUAACCCACAUCACAGCAGUCCACUGAAAGAGCCAUCAUCUUCAUCGUUGCAAAAGCUGAAAUGUGACCAGGAAAAUAAUAAUCAGAGUGAACUGGAUAAGUGUCUGAUUGAUGAAGGACUGAAAAACAAUGGUGACAGUACUUUCUGUGAUGAGAAAACUGUAGAAGUGAUGAGACAUCAAGAUCCUGUUGACAGUUCAAGUGCGGAUACUGAUAGUGACACUGAAAAUGAUGCUGAGCAAGAUGCUUUAAGUCUACAGCUGCAAGAAAUUCUUUUUUGGACACAACCUCUUCCACCUCAAUUGUCUCCAUUGCCAUAUCCGUCACCUUCUGGAAAGCAAAGCAUAUUUGGAAACAUUACGGAUUCAAGUGAUGAUGAAGGUGCUGCUCCUAGAAGAAUCUGCAGCGAGGGUUUUUCAGAGGCUGAACAUCCUGAUAGUUCUGCUUGCUCCGAGGCAGUGACAACUGAUCAGUCAUCUUUGACGGAAGCAGGCGUUUCUGAAAGUACACCCGAAGAGUCAUCUGCUGAGAAAAUGGAUUGCACUAAGACAGAAACUGAAAAUGUGAACAUAGAAGGUUUGACUGACACCAAAACAGAGGAUGAAGUGUCAUACCCUUCUUUGAUUGCUGGAGAUGCUCAAUGUAGAAGUGAGAACAAUACUGAAGCACAGUCAUCACUUGAGGAGACACAAAUGAACUCUGACAUGACCACCUCAGAAAUUCAGUGUGUUCAUACACUUCUCACACUUAAUGGUUUUCGUGAAGAGGAUAUGACAUCUCCACUGCACAAUUAUCCCGAGGGGUUGCAGGAGAAUGACGACUCAAAAAAUACUGCCAUUUUGGUUACACCUAACCGUAAAAUAGUGGAACUGACAAGUUCAAAUCCAAACAGCAAAAAUGAAGUUAGAAUAGAUGCACAUAUUAAGGAAGGGGACACUGAGGAUCUUAUUUUACAAGAAACCGAUUCUUGCAGCCAGCUAGUUACAACCUCUGAAGAAAUGGAGGUGGAAGAAAUUCACUACAAAACGUCUACAUGUGACAGUCAAAAAAAUGAACGUACCAAUGCUUCUGUGUUGGUUUCUGAUAAUGAGCACACAAAAUCAAUGGAUGUGGCAAAGGGGCCAACAGAUGUUGACAUGAUGGAAGUAGUAAUUUCACAUUCACAGCUUAACAGUACUGUGGUAAAUGGUGUUAGUCAGGAACAAUGCAUUCCUGCAAAGGAUAUGGAGAUGGAGGAGGUUAAUUGCAGUAGUUUUACAUCUGACAAACUGCAUGCUGAAUGUACUCAGACUUCACUACAAACAGUUGAUGUGGAGUUUACUCAAGGAGAGUCACCAUUGAAGGAGCAAACACCUAAAAUGACGGACACAUCACCAAAAGCCGAGGAAACUGGUGUUUCUCAAGGCAAUUUUAAGACUUUAAUUUCUACAGAGUUAACGAUGGAGGAAAAUAAUUCUGCUGGUUCAAUAUCCCCAAAUGAAAAAGAUAAAUCACCACUAAAUUCACUGCUGGCCUCAGACGUUGAGGAGACUUUUAAUAAAUUUGAAGUAAAAGAGCAAAGCAAACUUAAAAAAAUGAAGGAGAUAGUACUGCCUGGACAUUUGGACUGUUCGACAGAAACUGAUCAAUCUCUGGAUGAGUCAAAUAAAUAUGUUUCUGUAGAGAAUAAAGGGAAAGAGAAUAUUAAUUAUGUUAACUUAAUAUCUAAUAGUCAAAAAAAUAAAUCAAUAGUAACUUCUACCCUACAUAAUGCCACUGGAGCAGAGGAACAAAAUAGGCAUGACAGAAUGAAAGGAACAACUGUACUUGUCACAAUUGAGAGUUCAAAUACUGAGGGUGGAUCCAAAGACUCUGUUUGUGCUAGAGAUGUACUUGGUCCCACUUAUUUUAAGGAUGAACUUGCAGUAUCUUCAGAACAAGAAUUUAUUCAACAGAAACGAUCAGACUCAAUAAAGGAGACGAGCAGUUCGGUGGACAUGGCUUCUCUGGAUUUUGAUGGUCCACAGGUAACUGAUGUCAUCCAAAACAGUUCAACGUAUGACGUUCAUAUUAGAGACAUGGAAUUAGAUUUCAUUGAGUCAGGAUGUGACAGGCCACAAGAUAAAUGCAUAGCAGCUUUAGUCCCAUUCAAUUCUCAAGUCAAGUCUGCGAUAAUAGAUCAAGAUUCUUUUGGCCAAGCAGAGGAAAGUUCUCCAUAUGUUGAGUCUGAUAGUUCAGUGUCACUGGGUGUUAUUUUGGGUGAGGAGGAGUGCAUUUCAACUGAGGAGAUAGAGGAAGAAACAUUGAAAAUAUCUAUACCUUCUCAAUGCGCGCUGAUUUCAAUUCAGUCCUGCAAUGUUGAAUCGCAAAGAAAUUCUAUGAUAAAAGACGAGGAUAUUAUUACCAAAACAAAAGAAGCAUCUAUAUUUCUGAACACUGUUACCACAGAAGUGCCGAACACUUCUGUGGAAACUGAACUUGCUCAGGACAAUUCCAGAGAGUGCACUUCUACUAAAGAAAUGCCCAACGAACAUGAAAAUAAGGAUAAACUUUGUGUACAUUUCAAAAGCUUUGAAGUUACUGAAUGUGAAAGCCAAGCUGAUGAUAAACAGAAAGAUCAGUUAAUGGAAAAUAAUGAAAUGGAGAGAAGUGAAAUGGGAGAGGUAAAUCAUACCCUGAAACCAUCAGGGGAUUAUUUAUCUUCUGGUCAGACUUCUCCCCAUUUUGAUGCCUUCUCAGAUGAAUCCUCAAGACCAAAUGUGGCACAGAAUAUUGCCGAGCAAUGUCCUCCUCAUUCUGGGCAGGUCGAAGCUGCUGAUACUGCAAAUAAUACAGCUUUGGAAUUUGAGGAAUAUUCCAGCAUAGAAAAAAGUAAGGAUGAACCUUUAGGAAAAGCACUCCUUGGUAAUGGGAUCCAACAGCCAGUUCUGAAAUCUUGUUCCCCUUCAAAACAAAUUUCUCAGAUGAAUCAAGGCCCUCAGACCCAUGAGACGGGAGUCUCAACGCUGGUUAGGAAAAUCAAGAAAAGAAAGCAAUGGAAAGCAAUCAAAAAGAGUCCAAGAUCCAUUGAAGAUACACAGAAAACUAUUCAUCAUGAAUUGGAUGAUAAGGAUAUGACAACUGAAAUUGCCACACCAGAAAAAAGGGUGCUUGAAGUUCAGGCUCAGAAUUGCAAAACUGAAGUUGGGCAGCACGGCCUCUCUAAGCACAUUACUCUGCGUGGUAUUGACUUAUCUUUUGAUUCUGAAAGUGCAUCAGCUUCUAAUGAAACUGAUUGUAAUAAUAAAAGCACAACAAAUGUUGCAGAAGAGUCAACAGCUAGCCACCCUGACUGCAAUGAAAGUAAAACUAAACAGCUCACUUUAGAUAAAGGGCUUUCACAAGGCCCCUGUCAAACUCCAACACUUAACAUGCCCAACAAUACAAAUGUAAAUUAUGAAGCUGCAGGAAAUGGUGAUAAUGCUAUGUCAGUAGAAUGUGCAGAUUCAGAUUUGGAUAACCCUGCACAAAAGGUUUGUGACAAUGAAACUUACUUGGAAACAAGCCCUAAGAGUGACUUGUUAGGCUGUACACCGAUAGAAAAUGAACAUUUGGAAGGAAAUGCUAGCAAUCGAGAUUAUCCAGUGGAUGUGGAGAUAUCGGAAAGCUCCUCUGAAGUCUGUUCCUAUCAGGAUACUAGCAUUUGUAUGAAAGAAAACCUUGGCAUCGAAAUCAACAGUAAGAGCAUUGGAAUUACUGAGGAAAUGGCUAAUUUCAAGGCGAGUAUGAAUAAAGUCAAUAGUUCUACAAACAAUACCAUAACAGAAGCUUCCAAUUACAUGCAGCCAGUACAAAAAGUAGAUAUCUCAACACAAACAGAGCUAAUAUGUAAUGGUUCACAAGUUGUGCUUUUUACAAGGAAUUCUUUGAAUACUCUUCCUCAGAUCGGCAUUAAGAAAGAAGAUAAAGAUAAAUUUGCACUGGCAAAUAAUGUUUCUUCCCUUCCUGAUGCUACUUCAGGCCACCUGAGACCUAUUAGAUCAGCAUCAGUGCAUGAGAAAGAGGCAUUAUUUGAAAGUACAAUUGAUGGUACAGUGAAUUUGAAGUCAUUUAGAACUUCAGUAGGUAAUCAAACCUGCAAGACUGCAAGUGGCAGGAAAGGACAUUCAAAUAAGAUUUUACCAAAUGCUUUGAUUGAUGGAGAUGCACAACAAGAUGCCGGUUUACAAAAAUCAGAAAUACGGUCUACCUACAAAAGGCGUGCAGCUUUAAGAAGAAAGAGCAAAGGUUUGGAUCCAAACAGUCUACCUGUAGUGAAUCCCGAGGUUUCCACUCCAGUAUUUUGCAUGCAAGAAAUCCAUCAAGUGAUGUUAGAAAUGGGACAACCUCUGCCACCGUUAUUGCCACCACUUAUAGCCACACCUCCAAGAACCAUAAGAUCUACAAGAGUACAAUCCCCUCGUCUUGCAUCAUCCAAUGCAUCAUCUCUGUGUUCCCCUGAGGAUGACUUUGUUUCUCCUUCAAAAGAGAUCUCAAAGACAGCUUCAAUUUCACCUCUGUUGGAUCACUUACAACAAAAGUCUCCUCCAACCCAUUCCCCAUCCCCUUUAGAACUUGCAAGAAAUGAAAGAAUCCAGUCUUCUCCAUUACAGUUUUGCACUACAACCCCAAAGCAUGCCGUUCCUGUGCCUGGGAGACUACCUCAGACUGCAUCAACGUCAGCAGGUUCAACUUUACCUCAGGAGAAUUCUGUGAAAAUUCUGGAUGCUAUGUAUCCCAAUCUCUCUGCCCGAGCACGAACUUUAAAUAUUCUCCGUGGUAAUGUUCAGCUUAGCAUGCGUGGCUCUGCAGGUGGUGAGAACCAAGCCGGUCCAAUGAACCAAAUCAUGGGGUUCAAAGCAAUCAAUUCAACCCCAACUGCAUUUGUAAAAGCAGGAAGCAAUUCCAGGUCUGAAGGGUGUGUUAAAGAAUUGGAGCAGCAGAAGCCAAUUAAUGUUAGCAUGUCAGGUGCCGUGGAAAAAUCCAAACAAGACCAAAAGGCUACCAAAAGAUGUGCAGAAAAUGAUGUAGCAAGCAGAGCUAAAAAAGUGAAAACUGAAGGCAAUUGUCAGCAUGAGGAUUAUACUUCUGAUUUAAUCGCCCCAAAAGAGUCCUCCACUGUAGAUGGUGUUCAACAAACCAAACCACUUUGCAAUAGGGCCAUAGAGCCAAAAAACAACAAAUACAACUGAAGCUUUCUCCCAGCCUUGUGAACCUGUUGAUGCAAGUGAAGAGGCUGUAGCCAGUGCCUUAAAGAAAAUUACUGAAUCCUGCUUUGACCUACUCCCUGUUAUACGCAGCCAUGUGUUCGUUGGGAACAUUCCUCAGCUCCCAGUACUGCGUGAUGAAGAGAAAGAAGUGAUUUAUGAAUUAAGUGGCAAUAAGGACUUAAUAGAAGCUUUGCUCUUGGCUAUCAUUAAGAAGCUGAAGGUUGAGCAAACUGCCCUGGAUGGUAACGAUCUUCAAGCACUUUCUCGAGUUUAUGUUGCAAUCUGCCGACACCAAGGGGAUCUUGAAAGAGCUCGUCUUCUUUCCUACAGUAUUUUAA